AAAGGAGUAAAACACAUAAACAGUAUAAUUGCACAAUAGUGAUCAAUGUUCAACCAUUGAUCUUAUACUCUAAAAUGACAUAGCAUACAGAUUUUUAAGUUUUAUACUUUGAUUCCAAGUCUCCUUAUUGUUCCAUCUCGUCAUGCUAGAGAUUUCUUAAUUCACUUUUUUUCACUUCUUAAGUAGCCUCCACAACUCAACACCAAGCCCUCUUUCUCAUUUCAAGUUCUCUUCUAUAUCUAUCUCUCUCUCUAUCUUAUCUUAUUGUAGAAGGCAUAUUCACAUAAUGACAGAACAUCGUCCUCAUCAUCAAAUUCAAACCGAUGAUGAUGAUGAACCAACCCAUCACCACCAACGCCAACAUGGUCAUCCCCAUUUCCAACCCAAAAUGAACCCUCAUCAGAGGAACAUGCACAUGGAAAAGCCUAACAUGGCUAAUCCUCGCUACUAUGCUCCCAUGAAUCGUCCGAAGCGUGAACAUUACCUUUGCCUUAUUAUCACCCUCCUCUUACUUGGCAUCAUAAUCCUCAUCAUCUGGCUUGCCUACCACCCAACCAAACCCCACUUCACGGUGGCCAGCGCAGCCAUCUUCGGCCUCAAUGCAACAUCGCCACCCCUUUUGGCCGUCACCAUGCAAUUUUCAAUCCUUAUAAGGAACCCUAACCGGCGUGUCUCGAUCUAUUUUGACAAUCUCAAUGCAUUUGCAUCCUACAGGGACCAACCAAUCACACCACGUGUAAUGCUACCACCACUUUACCUAGAGAAGCAUAGCACAGUGGCACUAUCCCCGGUUAUCGGAGGGUCGCCAGUGCCAGUUUCGCCAGAGGUGUCAAACGGGUUAAUCCAAGAUGCAGGUUAUGGUGUGGUUGGCCUUAAGCUUGCACUCCUUGGAAGAUUGAAGUGGAAAGCUGGUGACAUAAGGUCAGCACAUUAUAGUAUCUAUGUCAAGUGUGACAUGUUGGUGGGUUUGAAGAAAGGUUUUGUGGGACAAGUUCCUCUUCUUGGAUCUCCUAUCUGUAAUGUAGAUAUGUAAUAGAGAAUUAUUUAUAUAAUUCAUUUUUUGUGUAUUGAUUUUAAAUUUAUCAUCAUAGGCUAGAUGGAGUUUGACAGUUAUUUUAAGUAAAAAAUUGCACUCCAUUCUCUAAUAAUAAGAUGAUAAGUUAUAAGUAAAUACACACAAAAUGAAUAAUUCUAUCAAUACUUACUAUGAUAUAUUGGUAUAUAUCUAGGUGUGAUAAGGUAAAAUGUGUGAAUGUUAAUCUUGCUCCUCCAUUUUGAUUUGAAUUUUUUUUUUUUCAAAAGAGUCUUGCUUUUUGUAGUUGAUUGCAUGUGAUCGCCUAAGGAAGAGAUGAUAGAACUUUGAAAGUCACAUUGAUGUACAAUAUUUUA